GUCGAUGGGCGCGGCACCCGACCGAUUCGGCAAUGGGGCUCCUAUUAUGCCCUAGUUCUUGGUCUUUUGGGACCGACAGCGUCUUUUCUCAAUUAUAGGCGAUUCAUGACCCACUAUGGUCAAGUUUGCUGUUAUGAUGAGGCCGGCUUUCUCAUGCAGACACCUUAUCAGCCAGUUAUCAAGACGCAAAAGGAGUACUUCUACAAUCCUGGUUAUCCGCUGAGAGCCUACGAGUUCGGUACACCUCCAUAUAUGGGGCAGUUUGAGGUUCCCGGUUUGUCAGUAUUCCACAACGACUACAUGCCAUACUUUCUGUGCUGUAAAUUCGCCGAUUUCCGGUGCCAAAUGUUCUACUGGAGACGACCAUCGUCAGCUUGCCAAGAGUACCAGCCCCCUGCAACCGGGCAGGUGUCCGGCGCUGGCGUUUUCAACACAAUCGACAACGAUAAGUUCAUUUUCAACGAGCCUGGAGUAUACAACUUUCUCUACAUUCCGAAAACUACUCGAUCGCCAGAAGUUCGUGUACAAGUCCGCAUGGAGCGCUAUCCCAACAGAAAGGUGGACUUUGGCUUACUCGGGCGAUAUAUCUCACAGGCAGAGUUGGUGCAACCUACAAACGCCACUGUUAUCACAGGAGUGGUCCUAGAGGCAAGCGGUAGUGAUCGCGUUUAUGUCAUGGCUAGGAAGGACACACGACGUUUCCGUUAUCGUACCGAUAUCAUCGUUGGGAACAUUUUACGAUACUUCGACACCAUUCGGCUACAAAGAUUUAACGGUGUUCUCGUCUAUGUGAAUAAUGUGGAGCGCGGCCAACCGGAGAUCUACGUCGUGCUGGAGGAAGCGCAAAUCGGAAUCCGCGUCCGCGAAAGCUAUGCGCUUGACAUUGACAGACUGCCGAUGUACCAAGAAAGUAUGGGCAUGUUGGACGUACAAAUAUCUGUUCCUCCACAGUAUGGAGUGAGGCCAGAUGGUGACAAGACCCGUGAAACAGAACAGCGACAGCGAUACGAUCUUCCCCGAGUCAGCGGGCUCAUGAGACCGUUCCCGGAGCAGACCAGUGCUGCCAUCAUGCAGGGUCUCACCCUCAACGAUGUGAACUCAGAGACUUAUCGGCAACAAAUCAUAAACAACUAUCGGAUUGUGGGUACAGGAGAAUCCGGCUCCGAACAGAACCCCAUUGGAACACUCGCGCAAGGACUUCCGACGGACAAUAUGUUCACUACUAGUAAGGACGAGGAUAAACAGUUUGAUGUGUUCCCCGAGGCCAAUCUGCGCUCCGGCCCCAUCUAUAAAAUGGCACCUAUGUAUGAUAGUGGCCCGUAUCGCUUCGAUCCACAGACGGGUAUGGACAUCAAUCAAGAGUUGAAUAACUGUCGUGGACUGCAGGAAGAUGUGUCAUUGAAUCUGCAACCUUUCCAAAGCAACGCGAACCUUAUGUAUGGUCUGCAGCACUGCCCUGACGACUCGGCAUCAAUUAUCAGUGACUGCGGUGACAGUGUUCCAUGCCUUUACAGUUACGCAUUAUUGCAAUCGAAGGUCUUGGCAUUAGAGGAACAAGAUGCUUGGAACAGCUUUGUCACCGAACGAAUGGAAGCCAUUAGGCAAUACAACAGCUGUGGUGCGAUCAACAUCGAGUAUCCAGAAUACAUGAUGAAAACACCGGCGCUAGCCCCAGGUUAUCUUCAAGGAGACGUGGCUCGUUUCGGAUGCUAUCAGACCCACUGGAUCAAGGGCGAUAACGAGUACAAAUGUGGUAUUGUCGUCGACUACAACAAUCCGAACUCAUAUCGCUUUGAGUGGAACAAAGGCUCACAGCCAUGGUGCCGUUCUCGAAUAAAAGAAAACUAUUUCAAAUGGAUCACUGUAAUUUUCAGCAUCGUAGCGAUAAUUUUGGCGAUUAUGGUUGUAUUCCUUGGUUGCUGGUGUGUGAAGCAGAGGAAGAUCCAAGAACAACGUCAGUACAACUACCAAACAAACGCUGUAAAUUUCCAAAAUUCGUCACAGUUACAACGUUUAAGAUUAGGAUACACGAACAAAGGUCGGGUGGCAUCCAUUGGCUCUCUAGAUGAUGCUCCUCAAUUAACGCAAAGAUUCCCAGCUCGGGCUACUCCGACUACUUUGGAACCUGCAAGGUACAUACCCUAA